CUAUAGUGUAGUGUUUUGAUGUUUACAGAAAUUAUUUCUUUGGAUUUAUGGCAUGUGAUGAUUACAUGAUAUACAUUUUUAUGUUUAUAUAAGUGUUAGAACCGAGACAUUGGUAUACUUUGAUUGUUUGAUUAAGUUGUCCUGUUAGCUUUAGAAACAUGAAUCCAUAGUUUGAUUUUAAUUCAAACUUUGUGAACAAAGUUAUAAUUGUUGCUUUGAGUCCUGUUUAUUGGAAGUAUGUUGGAUAAUUUUACUUUAGAUGAUGAUGUUGUGGUAAUGGGGUAUACAAUUUGGGUUUAAUGUUUGGUAUGCAUUGGAAGUUUGCUCCAGCGAUCGGUGCUAUAGUGUAGUGUUUUGAUGUUUACAGAAUAUAUUUUUUUAGAUUUAUGGCAUGUGAUGAUUACAUGAUAUACAUUUUUAUGUUUAUAUAAGUAUUAGAACCGAGACAUUGGUAUACUCUGAUUGUUUGAUUAAGUUGUCCAGUUAGCUUUAGAAACAUGAAUCCAUGGUUUGAUUUUAAUUCAAACUUUGUGAACAAAGUUAUAAUUGUUGCUUUGAGUCCUGUUUAUUGGAAGUAUGUUGGAUAAUUUUACUUUAGAUGAUGAUGUUGUGGUAAUGGGGUACACAAUUUGAGUUUAAUGUUUGGUAUGCAUUGGAAGUUUGCUCUAGCGAUCGGUGCUAUAGUGUAGUGUUUUGAUGUUUACAGAAUAUAUUUUUUUAGAUUUAUGGCAUGUGAUGAUUACAUGAUAUACAUUUUUAUAUUUAUAUAAGUGUUAGAACCGAGACAUUGGUAUACUCUGAUUGUUUGAUUAAGUUGCCCUGUUAGCUUUAGAAACAUGAAUCCAUGGUUUGAUUUUAAUUCAAACUUUGUGAACAAAGUUAUAAUUGUUGCUUUGAGUCCUGUUUAUUGGAAGUAUGUUGGAUAAUUUUACUUUCGAUGAUGAUGUUGUGGUAAUGGGGUACACAAUUUGAGUUUAAUGUUUGGUAUGCAUUGGAAGUUUGCUCCAACGAUCGGUGCUAUAGUGUAGUGUUUUGAUGUUUACAGAAUAUAUUUUUUUAGAUUUAUGGCAUGUGAUGAUUACAUGAAACUCCACAUCAGUUGGUACCAUAUAAGUGUUAGAACCGAGACAUUGGUAGACUCCUUUGAGGGAAUUCAGUUGAAUGAAUUAGCACUUGUUUUUCCCUACCAUAUUUAGAACCUGUUUCAGUUUUGUUCAUAUUCAGUUUUUAGAUUUGGAAACUGCUUACUUGCACAUUUGUGUAUGCCUUUUCGUCCAGAUGUCAUCAUCAUCAUCAUCAUCAAUGACUUCUGCAUCCUCUGCUAAACCUACAAAGGAUGGUCCAGAAUUUUGCUUCUGUGAGGUUGAAGCAGUAGUGCGAUACUCAAAAACUGAGCGAAAUCUAGGACGACCCUUCUUAGGUUGUCCAAAGUAUAACACAAAGGGCUUAUCAUUUUGCAAAUUUUUCAAGUGGACAGAUAGUAAUGACGAUUGCGAACACCACUGCCAACAACAACUUCGAGAAAUAUACGCAGAACUUUUAAGGAAGGAGAAAGAACUCAAGAAGAAGGAGAAAGAGCUCGAGAAGAGAGAGAUUUCCAUAAGGCGUUCACGUGCACUACUCCGGCUUUAUUGGGCUUUUGUGUUUGUUGUGUAUUGUUAUUAUGUAGUAUUUAACUGAUUAUUUCAAUGCAAGAAUAUGUUGUUCAGAAUUUAUGUUUACAGUAUAUGUUGUGGUUGUUAUGUACAUCUAACAUUAACCUGCAGUAGCUGUAUGUUUAGAAGUAAUGACUCAGAAGUUGUGAUUAUUAGAUCUGUAUGAUUGAACUCUGUAUGUUCAAAAGUUUAGUGCAUAUUUCUAGGUUCUGAGUCGAUUAAACUCUGUAGUUGCUGUAUGUAUGUUCAGAACUUUUAACUUGCAGUAUGUAUGUUCAGAAGAUUUCUCUGAUUGUUUCUAGGUUCACUUUUAUUUUGUUCUUUGUGUGAGAUCUCACUCAGUCCAGCAACUACG